AGAUCAUCAAGGGAUUCAUUGGGUCAGGAACGAAAGCCAGUCAAUGUCAAGAACGAACCCGCACAAGUCAGCCCCCUUAUUCCUCCUCCACCAUCAUCAAGAAAGACAAGUACUACAAAUACUGGGAUGGUUGAUUACCUUAGUGGUGAUGUCUACAAUUCUGAGAGAUCUUCUAGAGUAUCAGGAUCCACAACUAUUGCAGUCCCAACUCAUUCAAACAACACAAAGUCCAUCCCACCAUUGAAUUCAACUCUCUCUGCACCAUCCCCUCCUGACGAUUACAUAAACCCGACUGCGCCCAUGUUCAUGGGAAAAUCCAAUUACAGUGAACCAGCUCCGAUGUCCAAAUCUGCUGAUCAGUUGCCUCCAGCUCCGUGGGAUGUUCCCUCCCCUGGCACACUUCCACCCCCACCAUCCAGGUAUAACCAGAGACAACAGUUCUUCGAGCAACAGUAUGUUGGCGCCUCUCAUUCAAGUAGCGGAUCAGGUUCCUCUUAUGACAGCUUAGUUGGGCAGACCCAGAGUCUAUCCCUUAAGUCAACCCCAACCAAACAAGAAACAACUGAAGAUGCACUCUUCAAAGAUCUGGUUGAUUUUGCAAAAGCUAAGUCUUCAUCAUCUUCGAAACCAAACAGAUCAUUUUGAGUUCCUACGGUUUGUAAGCAUUAUUAUUGGUGGAAUAGUUUGAUAUUUGUUAGUUCAUCAGCAUUUACGUCUUAAGACUCUUGAAUAAAUGUGGGUGGGAACUUGGGUCAUGGUUGCCAGUGCUCUUUAGCUGGCUUUUAAUGAUAUGGAGACUUGGGCUGUCUGUUCACCAGUGGCUAAUAGUGUAGCUGAGAGUAGACAAACACCUUCGUAGAUACGAGUUUGUGAAUAUAUAUUGUUUGUUUGUUGAUUGUCAAGUGGCUUGUGGUUCUUUGUAACUCCGUUUGCUUGUUUUCUCUUCCAUUUUUUCACUAUUUAUUGUUGGCGACUUGAGUUCCCAGUUGUCUUUUUCCCUGGACUUAAAUUGAUGAGUAG